UUUAUUCGCUUAAGAUUGUGGAGAAGGAAUAAUUAGAAAAUUAAAUACGAAAUCUCAAAAACUCAAACGUUCUCAAGUCAAAGUGAGGAAAAGUACAUUAGGUUCCGAGAGGCUCUGUUCAUCAGGCGUACACCGUACACUUACACGCGGUAUAUAUGUAUGUAGAUUUCAGCAGUUGCAUUAUAAACAAUGAAAUUAUAGAAAGUUUUCUUGUGUAGUUUGUAAUUUAUCGAAAUUAAAUUAAAUGUAAAGUGUAGAAUAAUUAUUAAAAAAAUCAAAAGAUGGUAAACAUUAACGUGUGCAUCAAAGUUUGUCGACUCUAGUUAUAGGUUAUAUUUUCUGUAUACGAUUGUAUUUAAAAAUUGGAUAGUUAAAAAAUGGUGUCAAUAAUGGAAACACAAACGACACCACCUGUUAAAAUAAAUAACCCAGCUCCAACAGUUCAGGAAAUUAAUAGUGAUGAGAUUACUCAGCUGGCCAAUAAGUAUUGGGCUCCACAUACUGCUGAUUCUCAUCUCCAAUUCAGUGCACAAAUUGUUGAUAAUAUAUAUAUCAAUGAAAUAAGUGUUUCCAAAUUUUCAAUUCGACGCAUUAUGAUGCUUGAAUUCAGUCAGUAUUUGGAGAAAUAUCUUUGGCCAAACUAUGAUGCUGAAAAAGCUACAAGACAACACACAAUGUCUAUUGUUAUCAUGGUUAAUGAAAAGUUUCGUGAAAGAGUUCAAGUUUGGGAAGCUUUCGAAAAAUUGCCGGAUCACUUUCCAGGCUUCUUUCAGCACGUUUUGAAAGCUUGUUUAGAAGAUAGUAUUCAAGAUUUUGAAUUAAGAGAACAGACUGCUUUAAUUGUAUUUUUGAAUCACUGUUUUAAUUCUAUGGAAGUUGUGCUUGUGAGAGAUCAAGUUAGAAGACUUGUUUCACUAGGAAUAUGGAUGUCUCUUCAGCAAAGCAGAAGAGACCUUGAGUUUGCAAAAAAUAGCAAAUGGAAAAAACAUUGGAAAGCACUUUUGAAGAAAGAUAAACCUGAAGAUAAAGAAAGGCUCAAAUGGGAUCGUACAUUUUUACACAAAUUGAUGAUAAAGUUUAUGACCAUCCUGGAAACUGUUCGUUUAGAAGGUCAAAUCAAUCCUGAUAAAGUACACUAUUGCGAAAGAUUUUUAGAACUUAUGAUCGACUUAGAAGCUCUUUUACCUACAAGAAGGUUCUUUCACACUGUUAUGGACGAUUGUCAUUUGGUUGUCAGGUGCCAGCUGUCAAAUUUAUUAAAGAGACCAGAAGGUGGAUUAUUUGGACAGCUGUUGGAGAUGCUAAAGUUCUACGCGAGAUUCGAGAUCAGCGAGGAAACGGGCGAUCCACUGACCGACUACGACAUGACAGAGCUCCAUUACUCAAAGAUCACGUCGCUGCAGAAAGCCGCCUUUGCGAAAUUCCCGGACCUCCAGCGCUUCGCUCUUGCCAAUGUCGCCAGCGUCGACACCAGGGAGGCUCUGCAAAAGCACUUUGGUUCGCUCACAAAGGAGAAGCUCCGAGCUAUUGCGAGCUACCUGAGCCUCGUGCCGACGGAGGAGCGACAGAAAGAUGAGGAUUGGUUCAGGCUCGACCCAGACUUUCUACGCGAAUUACUCAUAUCGAGGCACGAGAGGCGAGCAUCCCAAUUGGAAGAGCUGAACGAGAUGCCGUUGUACCCAACCGAGGAGAUCAUCUGGAACGAGAGUAUUGUGCCUACGGAGUACUUCUCGGGCGAAGGUUGCCUGGCACUGCCCAAGCUCAAUUUGCAAUUUCUCACGCUGCAUGACUACCUGCUACGCAACUUCAACCUCUUUCGUCUGGAAUCCACUUACGAGAUCCGCCAAGACAUCGAAGACGCGGUUAGCCGACUCAGCCCUUGGCGAGCGGAGGACGGAAGUGUAUACUUUGGUGGUUGGGCGCGGAUGGCUCAACCGAUUACUCAGUUCGCCGUCGUUGAAGUGGCCAAGCCAAACAUUGGUGAAAAGCGUCCGUCUCGAGUGCGUGCUGAUAUUACCAUCAAUCUAAAUGUACGAAAAGAGAUCAAAUCUGAGUGGGAAAAUCUUAGAAAGCACGAUGUUUGUUUCUUAAUCACUGUCAGGCCCCAAAAUCCCAUCGGUACCAAAUACAGUCACAAACUGCCCUUCAUACCUCAAGUCGGCUUAACUACGGUAAGAGGAUGCGAAGUGGAGGGUAUGCUAGAUUCGAAUGGUCGUGUUAUUGAAGAUGGGCCAGAGCCAAGGCCAAUUCUGCCUGGAGAUACACGUACCUAUCGAGUUUGGCUGGAUUCGAAUCAGUACAGAAUAGAUAUGGACAAUGCCAGUCAUGGCGGCGAGGACGUGUACGAGAGUUUCAAUAUUAUCAUGAGACGCAAACCAAAAGAAAAUAACUUCAAAGCUGUUCUCGAGACUAUCCGCGAAUUGAUGAACACCGAGUGCGUGGUACCCGAUUGGUUACACAAUAUCAUAUUAGGUUACGGCGAUCCUGGCGCUGCUCAGUAUUUCAGGAUGCAAGAUGAAAUUGCAACUGUGGAUUUCAACGAUACGUUUCUAGACAUCGAUCAUCUUCGCGCGAGUUUUCCUGGUUACGCAAUCGAGACUACGACCGAUGACCCGGAGAAGCUUGUUAGACCAUUUAAGCUGACGUUUCAAGACGUAGUGUACAAGCAGAAUAACGAGGAAGAGCGUAAAGUUAUAACUGUUGAACCACAUGUGCCACCUAGCCGUGGCCCUUACAAAGCUAACGAACCGAAAAAAAAUCAAAUUCCGUUCACACCAACCCAAGUUGAGGCAAUUCGUGCUGGAAUGCAGCCAGGUUUAACAUUAGUCGUCGGUCCACCCGGUACGGGUAAAACUGACGUGGCAGUGCAAAUUAUUUCCAAUCUGUACCACAACUUUCCAAAUCAAAGAACUCUUAUCGUUACGCAUUCCAAUCAAGCUUUGAAUCAGUUGUUUGAAAAGAUCAUGGCACUCGACAUCGAUGAGAGGCAUCUGUUGCGUCUUGGUCAUGGAGAAGAGGCUCUUGAGACGGAAAAAGAUUUUAGUAGAUAUGGUAGAGUGAACUAUGUUCUGGCUAAGCGACUUGAUCUAUUGAUGGAAGUUCAGAGGCUGCAGGAAUCGUUACAAGUGCAAGGUGACAAUGCUUAUACAUGCGAAACAGCAGGCUACUUUUUCACGUAUCAAGUAAUGACGAGGUGGGAACGUUUUGAGUCACGUAUCAAACAAAGAAGCAGUGGCGCAGAUGAUGUUCCUGCAUCUAUCGUUGACGACGAAUUCCCGUUCCACAAAUUCUUCGAUAAUGCGCCUCAGCCGCUUUUCCGGAAAAAGUGUUUCGAGGAAGAUCUAGCUGUAGCUGAGAGUUGCUUUAGAUAUAUCGAAAGGAUUUUUACUCAAUUAGACGAAUUCAGAGCAUUCGAACUGCUCAGAUCAGGUCUUGAUAGAUCCAAGUAUCUCCUUGUCAAAGAAGCCAAAGUCAUUGCGAUGACUUGUACGCACGCAGCAUUGAAAAGACGAGAAUUAGUGGACAUGGGUUUCAAGUACGAUAACAUUCUCAUGGAAGAGUCUGCUCAGAUAUUGGAAAUCGAAACAUUCAUUCCUCUCCUGUUGCAAAAUCCGCAAGAUGGUUAUAAUCGUUUGAAGCGAUGGAUCAUGAUUGGAGAUCAUCAUCAGCUACCGCCUGUCAUUAAGAAUAUGGCAUUCCAGAAAUACUCCAAUAUGGAGCAAUCGUUAUUCGCACGAUUUGUACGCUUGGGUGUACCUACAGUAGACCUUGAUGGCCAAGGUCGUGCUAGACCUAACAUUUGUAAUUUAUACAAUUGGCGCUACAAGAAACUGGGCAAUCUUCGUCAUGUGGAAAAUAGUCCCGAGUAUCUCGUCGCAAAUCCUGGAUUUUUACACGAUUUCCAAUUGAUCAAUGUCGAAGACUUUAAUGGAGUUGGGGAAAGUGAGCCCAGUGCAUACUUUUAUCAAAAUCUUGCCGAAGCUGAAUAUUGCGUGGCUGUAUUUAUGUACAUGAGAUUGCUUGGAUAUCCAGCUGAUAAGAUCAGUAUUCUCACGACUUACAAUGGCCAGAAGCAUUUGAUUCGUGAUGUUAUAAACAUCAGGUGUGCCAGUAAUCCGUUGAUAGGACGCCCUGCCAAAGUUACGACAGUCGACAAGUAUCAGGGUCAACAAAACGAUUACAUUCUUUUAUCUCUCGUAAAAACCCGAGCUGUAGGUCAUCUUCGCGAUGCUAGACGUCUUGUUGUCGCUAUGUCUCGUGCUCGCCUUGGUCUAUACGUAUUUGCUCGAGUUUCAUUAUUCAAAAAUUGCUUCGAGCUUACACCAGCUUUUGAUCAACUGAUGCGUCGGCCAUUGAAGUUACUUUUAAUUCCGACCGAAACUUAUCCUACGACGAGGUUGAACGGCGAGGAACCUCAAGAGCCAACGCUCGAGAUUCAAGACAUGCCGCAUAUGGCAAAAUUUGUCUACGACUUCUAUCUAAAAAAAGUAAAUUUGAAAGAUGUACCGCCAGAGCAAUGGCCAUCUACAAAUGUGAAAUCAUCAAAUCCAGUAUACUAUGUACAUGCUCAUCCUGGAGCGGGAGACGAUUCCGAUGAAGAGCAAGAAAUAAAGCCGACGACUGAAAAUCUUGAAACACAGAAUGCGGAUGAAAAAUCAAAUUUUGAAACGAAGAAUGCACCAAAUACUGAAACGAUAAUAGCACCAAUAGAAAAUAUGGUACCAGAUGUUGAAAGUGCCCCGAUGGAAACCAACGAGACAGAACAAGAUGGGGAAGAGUAAUUGUAAAAUAGUAAUAAAACCUUAAUAUUUUUUUGUAAAGAGUUAUUAUUCUUUUAUUUUUUCGGAACACUAAUAAACUAAUUUAAGGAGAAGGAUAUUAUUUUAAGUAAAUACGAAAUGAAAGUAAUUUAAGAUGAUUAUUUGAA